AUGAGACAGGCAGAUAAACAGAAAGUGAGACAGGAGGAGGAAGCAAGACGGCUGAGACAAAAUGAGCCAGGCUCUCUGAGGCAAGGCUGCUGGCUGCUCGUCUCCCUUCUGGUCCAGGCCUGGUUGGCGGCGAUCCCAAGCAGGGCGGAGCGCCCAUGUCCACGGAGCUGCCGCUGCGACGGCAAGAUCGUGUACUGCGAGUCCAGCGCAUUCCGUGACAUCCCCCGUGGGCUGUCAGGUGGCUGCCAGGGCCUGUCACUGCGCUACAACAGCCUGGCGAGUCUUCGAGCCACCCAGUUCGCCGGCCUGAACCAGCUCAUCUGGCUCUACCUGGACCACAACUACAUCAGCACCGUGGAUAGCCGUGCCUUCCAGGGUGUGCGGCGCCUCAAGGAGCUCAUCCUGAGCUCCAACAAAAUCACACAGCUCCACAACGACACGUUCCACCCAGUACCCAACCUGCGCAACCUGGACUUGUCCUACAACAAACUGCAGGAGCUGCAACCAGGGCAAUUUCAGGGCCUGCGGAAGCUGCUGAGUCUGCACAUGCGCUCCAACUCACUCAAGACCAUCCCCAUGCGACUCUUCCAGGAUUGCCGCAACCUGGAGUUCCUGGACCUGGGCUACAACCGGCUGCGCAGCAUCAGUCGCAAUGCCUUCUCAGGUCUGCUGAAACUGGCCGAGCUGCACCUGGAGCACAACCAGUUCUCCAAGAUCAACUUCUCGCACUUCCCGCGCCUCUAUAACCUGCGGGCUCUCUACCUGCAGUGGAACCGCAUCCGGUCCAUGAGCCAGGGCCUGACAUGGACUUGGACCUCGCUGCAGAAGCUGGACCUGUCUGGGAAUGAUCUGCAGGUGCUGGAAGCUGACAUUUACCAGCGUCUGCCCAACUUGCAGACCCUCAACCUGGACUCCAACAAGCUGAGCAACGUCUCGCGGGAGACUGUAGCCGCGUGGAUUUCAUUGACCACCAUCAGCCUGGCAGGCAACGUGUGGGACUGCGGACCUGGGGUCUGCCCUCUGGUGGCCUGGCUGAGGAACUUCAAGGGCAACAAGGAGACAACUAUGAUCUGUGCUUCUCCCAAGGAAGCUCAGGGGGAGAAAGUGAUGGAUGCCAUCGAGAUGCACGGCAUCUGCAGGGCCACACCGAUGCCCCCAGUUGCCGUGACGACCAGCCCCUCUGGCACCCCUUUGCAGCCUGAGCACGUGCCAGCUCCCUCGCUGUCCGGAGUGGUGGAAGAGCUGCCGCAGGGUGCCCCACCCACCCCCACACCCUCACGGGCCUCCCCACCCCCACAAGAGCCCGAGUUUGAGCAUGUAUCCUUCCACAAGAUUAUUGCAGGUGGAGUGGCCCUCUUCCUGUCAGUGGCCAUGAUCCUUCUGGUGAUCUACGUGUCAUGGAAGCGCUAUCCAGGCAGUGUGAAGCAGCUGCAAGAGCACUCGGUGGCCCGCAAGCGGCGGAAAAAGGCGCGGGAGACAGAGCGCACACUCAGCUCCCCCCUGCAGGAAUACUAUGUGGACUACAAACCCUCAAACUCGGAAACCAUGGAUGUCCUCGUCAACGGAUCGGGACCAUGCACGUAUACCAUCUCGGGCUCCAGGGAAUGCGAGAUUCCUCAGCAGGUAAGCGUACUGACGUUCUACCGACACGAGCAACCCAUCGUCGACUACUGCCAGGCCCACCAGCCGCCCACGCUGCGGGUCAACAUGGGCUUCGAUGGCUCGCGGCAAGGCCUUGGGGGCCUUGAGGAACUGAGCACCACACCAGCAGCAGCCCCUACCUCGACAACCCCUGUGCCGCGGACCCCGCCCUCGCUGCGGCUGCCCAGGGAGGGGCCCUGCGUCACCUUUCCCUCCGUGGAGCGUUCGACGCUCGGCUUGGGACGUUAG